AUGUCAAACCAGUCAAGUGUGAGUGAAUUCUUUCUCCAUGGAUUCUCUGAUAUUCAGGAGCUGCAGGUAUUUCACAUCAUCAUUUUUCUAAUAAUUUAUUUGGUGGCCCUCAUAGAAAACCUUCUCAUCAUCACAGUCAUCAUUUAUAGCCACCAGCUCCAUACACCCAUGUACUUCUUUCUCGCCAACCUGUCAUUCCAAGAUUUUGGUUCCAUAUCUGCUACAGUUCCCAAGUCCAUGGCAAAUAACUUGAUGAACACCGAAGCCAUUUCUUACUCCGAAUGUGUCUGCCAAGUUUUCUUCCUUGUGUUCUUCAUGGUAUCCCAUUUCUUCCUUCUUGGUGUCAUGGCAUACGAUCGCUAUGUUGCCAUCUGCAAUCCACUGUGUUAUGAGGCCGUCAUGAACAAGAAAACCUGCAUCCAAAUGGCAACCAGUGCAUGGCUCAGUGGCCUUUUCUAUUCAUCACUGUAUACUGGAAAUACAUUCACAGUGCAAUUCUGUUCCAAUAUAAUUAACCAGUUCUUUUGUGAAAUCCCUCAACUACUCAAGAUAUCUUGCUCUGAUCCGUAUUUUCCUGAAUUAUGGGCGAUAACCUUUGGUUCCUGUAUUGGUUUUAUUUAUUUUGCUCUCAUUACUUUUUCUUACGUUCAGAUCUUCAGAGCAGUUCUAAGAAUCCCAUCCAUACAAGGGAAACAAAAAGCCUUUUCAACCUGCCUGCCACAUCUUAUUGUCGUCUCCCUGUUUUUGGUGAGUGGUACCUUUGCCUACUUAAAGCCAAUCUCCAGCUCACCAUCGGUGUUAGAUCUCUUGCUUUCUAUGCUGUACUGCAUAGUGCCACCAGUAAUGAACCCACUGAUCUAUAGCAUGAGGAACAAAGAACUCAAAAUGGCAGUUUGGAAGCUGAUUCUCAACAUUUUGCCUCAAUCUUUGCACAAAAACCAUUAUCCUGUGCCUGUAUUGUAG